AAUGUCGUGUUCUCACAGUCACGUCAGCAGCAGCAGCAGAGCCGCUGCGCCGUGGUCGCCAGCAGGAGUACAACUAACAACAGUCAUAACUUCGCCGAUAACACUCCGGCUACAUUCACGUCUGGAGUUGCGCUUUUGUGGUUCAUUUCAGGCACACAAUAUAAUGGACGUGCUGUAGCUCCAUAGACAAGCUCAUUGGGACCAGCUUGGAUCCAGAGGUGUUCCAAAGGUUCCAGUCACCCUCCUGCUUCUGCCAUGGACUUCUUUGAUGAUCCCAACCUCUUUGUUGGAGGUUUGGAAGGACUGGAUGAGGAUGGCUUUCCCUCAGCACCAUCACUUGUGGAUGAACUAAACCUCAGUGCUGACUUUGAACCCCUCCAAGUGGAACCACUGGGCCCAGGGAAGCAUCAAGACAUGAUGCCCCCAGUCUCUACCCAACAAGCCAUGCCUGGUUACAGUCAGCCGAUGGGCCAUUACAUUGGCAUUAAGACACAGAAUCCUAUGGGGCAGGCAUUUUCUGGUUCUAGGAGCACAGGUGGGAGCAUGAUUGCAGAGCAACAUGGCCAGUACCCCAGUGCUGCCAUGAGCCAAGUACCUCAGUCCAAUGGGCUGUUCUGUAACAGUGGCAGUCCAAUGUGGGGCAACCAAGACCAGAAUGGGAAUAUGUACCACCCCUUAUCUCAACAGCAUCAUCAUCAGCAACAACAGCUUUGUCAUCAGCAGCAGCAACUGCACAACCAGCACCUUCAUGUCAGACAACAGCAAACACAGCAGCAACAACACCACCCGUGUCCUCAACAACAGGAGCAGCACCACAGAAUGCGACAGCAGCAGCUGCAACAACAGCAAAGUCAUCAGCAACAGCUGUUAAACAGGCACCAACAAAUUAACACACAGACUGUGUCCCUGCAGCAACAGCAGCAUCACAAUUUCCCCUUUCACCAGGGAGGUCAAUCCAAUAGCCAACAGCAAAUUCACCACACACGGCAGCAGGUUCAGCACCAACUAACCGUAAGGGAACCUCAGUUUCAUUCAAGGGCUCUUCCUAGUAAAUCUUACUUGGAUAGUCAAAAUGCUCCUCUGAGUGGGACUUGCUUACAAACACAGCAGCAGCAGGGUAGCUACCAGUUGAUCAGGGGAGGUCAAACUUUCUCUGGAUCAGGACCAGAGGACUCUAACUUGCCUUUUCCCAUGCAUUCAUCAUCUGUGGUUCACUCUCUGCCGACAUGCUCUGUCAGUUCCUCCAAUGCUUACCAGCCAGCUCAGUACCCUGCCUAUCCCGGGGAGCCAGAAAUACCCAGUCUCAGUCAACAGCCUUUGUCGUCAGCCUCUGUAUCUAGACCCACCACUGCGCCACUCACUUCUACAGUGCCUGAGCUAUCGGGGACAGCAUGCCAGUUUCCCUCCACAGCACUUAUGAGUCAGCAGCACACCAGGACCCCAGUUAACCAGACAGAGGAAUGUCCUUUCCGAGCCAUACGAUGUUCUGGAGAAACCGAGGGAAACUGCAAGUCAUCUGAGAUAUUUGGUGAUUCUAUGAGCUGCUAUCCUAGCAUUGCCAGCCACCUGCCUUCUGAGCAGCCUCAGAGCUGCGGGGUUAUCAACACUAAUGGAUACCAAGCUUUAGGAGACAAUCUACUACCACCAGAGGCUCAGGAUGGAGACUUAGAAGGCCUGGAACCUCCUGACCUCCUGCCUGACCUACUGCCCCAGCUCGAAGAUGCUUUUAGGCAACAAGAUGGAUCCAACUGUUCCUGGGCUGAUUCCAACCAGGAGAAGGGCCAUGAGGACAGGAAACCCCCACUUAUUGAAUUCAAGGAAGAGAAGCCUCGAAAGAACGCUAAUGGUCCCGGUGGUCAGGUGCGAGUCCUCAGUCCCCCAAUGAAGAGCAGCUCAUCAUCCUCCUCCUCUUCCUCAUCAUCUUCAUCCUCAUCUAGCUCCUCAUCAGAGAAGAGGGUGCCACGAAGGACACUUCAUCAGAUGGAGUCAACUCUGCAGGACAAGCAGGAGAAAGCCAAUAGGAUAAUAUCAGAGGCUAUUGCUAAGGCCCGGCAGCGAGGGGAGAAGAACAUCCCUCGAGUUAUGAGUCCAGAGAGCUUCCCCAGUUCUUCGUCACUGUACAGGACCCAUCGGGACCGUGAGCACAAAGGAAACGGCAAGGCACGGCCCAAAGAGAAGGCCUCUAGGAAGGCCUGUAUUGUACCAUCCUCCAAGUCCAAGCAGAAGGCCAAGAUCGGGAAAAUUGUCAUCAAGAUUGGAAAGAAGAAAAAGCGAAAGCCAGACUCUUCAGAGGAGUCAGAUGAUGACCCUCCUCCUCGACACACUCCCAAAGAUGACGACUCUAAGAGGCGGUCUAAUCGCCAGGUGAAGAGAAAGAAGUAUGCUGAAGAGCUGGAGGCCAGGUUGUCCGAUGAGGAAGUCAAGGUUAUUGUCAAAGCCAAGAAAUCCAACACUGCAGCAUCCAAGGAACCUGCUGUUCAACUGUUUGUUGAGAAUCCCACUGAAGAGGACGCUGCUGUUGUUGACAAAAUCAUGUCUUCUCGUAUCACUAAGAAGGAGGUUUCUCCAGGAGUGGUGGUUGAAGUGGAGGAAUUUUUUGUAAAAUACAAAAACUACUCCUAUCUACACUGUGAGUGGGCCACAGAGCAACAGCUGGAGAAGGACAAGAGGAUUCAGCAGAAGAUCAAACGCUUCAAGAUGAAACAAGCACAGAGGGCACUCUUCUUCGCAGAUAUGGAAGAGGACCCAUUUAACCCUGACUAUGUAGAGGUAGACAGAGUGCUGGAGGUGUCGUAUUGUGAGGACAAAGAUACUGGAGAGGAAGUGAUAUACUACCUGGUGAAGUGGUGCUCUCUGCCUUAUGAGGACAGCACCUGGGAGCUGAAGGAUGACGUAGAUCAGAGCAAGAUUGAAGAGUUUGAGCAGCUGCAGGCAGCCAAGCCAGACUCGCGCAGGAUGGAGCGGCCCCCAGCUAAUCUGUGGAAGAAGAGGGAACAGUCGAGGGAAUACAGGAAUGGCAACAGCCUCAGGGACUACCAGCUCGAGGGGGUCAACUGGCUCCUCUUUAACUGGUACAACAGACGUAACUGCAUCCUGGCCGAUGAGAUGGGACUGGGAAAGACCAUCCAGUCCAUCACAUUCCUAGAAGAGAUCUAUCGCGUAGGCAUUAAGGGCCCCUUUCUCAUCAUUGCUCCACUGUCCACCAUCGCCAACUGGGAGCGCGAGUUUCGUACUUGGACCCACCUCAAUGUCAUCGUCUACCAUGGAAGCAUGAUCAGCAGGCAGAUGCUCCAGCAGUAUGAGAUGUAUUUCAGGGAUGCACAGCGCCGUGCGAUACGAGGUGCCUACAGGUUCCAGGCUGUUAUCACCACAUUUGAGAUGAUCCUAGGAGGUUGCCCCGAACUCAACGCCAUAGAGUGGCGCUGCGUUAUUAUUGAUGAGGCCCAUCGUCUGAAGAACAAGAACUGCAAGCUGCUAGAGGGGUUCAAGCUCAUGAACCUGGAGCACAAAGUCCUGCUGACAGGUACUCCUCUCCAGAACACAGUUGAGGAGCUCUUCAGCCUGCUCCAUUUCCUGGAGCCGGCACGCUUCCCCUCCGAAAACACCUUCAUGCAGGAGUUUGGUGACCUCAAGACUGAGGAGCAGGUCCAGAAGCUUCAGGGUAUCCUGAAGCCAAUGAUGCUGCGUCGUUUGAAGGAGGAUGUGGAGAAGAAGUUGGCUCCUAAAGAAGAAACCAUCAUUGAGGUUGAGCUCACCAACAUUCAGAAGAAGUACUAUCGUGCCAUCCUAGAGAAGAAUUUCUCUUUCCUGGCUAAAGGAGCUGGCCAAGCAAAUAUGCCCAAUCUGGUUAACACCAUGAUGGAGCUGAGAAAGUGCUGCAACCACCCCUACCUCAUCAAAGGGGCAGAGGAAAAGAUUCUUGAGGACUUCAGGGAAGUACACAGCCCCGCUGCCAUUGACUUUCACCUGCAGGCUAUGGUGCAGUCUGCUGGGAAACUGGUCCUUAUAGACAAAUUGCUGCCUAAAAUGAAGGCAGGAGGGCAUAAAGUGCUCAUCUUCUCCCAGAUGGUGCGCUGCUUGGACAUCUUGGAAGACUACCUCAUUCAGAGAAGGUACUUGUAUGAGCGGAUUGAUGGACGUGUUCGUGGGAAUCUGCGACAGGCUGCUAUCGACCGCUUCAGUAAACCUGACUCGGACCGCUUUGUAUUCCUGCUGUGUACAAGAGCUGGUGGCCUUGGGAUUAACCUCACCGCAGCAGACACCUGCAUCAUCUUUGACUCUGACUGGAACCCACAGAACGACCUGCAGGCCCAGGCUCGCUGUCAUCGAAUCGGUCAGAACAAGGCAGUGAAGGUGUACCGUCUGAUCACCAGGAACUCAUACGAGCGAGAAAUGUUCGAUCGCGCCAGCCUCAAGCUGGGCCUGGACAAAGCAGUGUUGCAGAGCAUGAGUGGCCGAGAUAACAGCCUGGGAGGAGGCACCGGGGGAGGGGCUGUACAGCAGCAGCUGUCUAAGAAGGAGAUUGAAGAUCUGUUGCGACGUGGCGCUUAUGGGGCCAUUAUGGACGAGGAGGAUGAGGGUGCCAAAUUCUGUGAGGAGGACAUCGACCAGAUCCUUCAGCGCAGGACAAAGACUAUCACCAUUGAGUCUGAGGGACGAGGAUCCACUUUUGCUAAGGCCAGUUUUGUAGCAUCUGGAAACCGCACAGACAUCUCUCUGGAUGACCCUAAUUUCUGGGACAAGUGGGCCAAAAAGGCUGACAUUGAUAUGGAUAUGGUCAAUGGCAGAAAUAGCUUGGUGAUCGACACUCCUCGUGUCAGAAAGCAAACAAGGCCGUUCAGUGCCACCAAGGAUGAGUUAGCAGAGCUUUCAGAGGGUGAAAGUGACAGCGAUGAAACCAAACCUAAGCUCAGGCGAAACCAUGAUCGCCUCAACAGCUACGGCCGCACAGAGUGCUUCAGAGUCGAGAAGAACCUGCUUGUAUAUGGAUGGGGUCGUUGGAAAGAUAUUCUCAACCAUGGGCGUUUUAAGAAGCAGUUGACUGAGCGGGAUGUGGAGUCCAUCUGCAGGGCCCUGCUGGCCUACUGCCUUGUCCAUUACCGUGGAGAUGAUAAAAUCAAGAGCUUCAUGUGGGAUCUCAUUGCCCCUACUGAGGACGGACGCACAAAGGAGCUGCAGAAUCACCUGGGCUUGUCUGCCCCAGUGCCUCGGGGCAGAAAGGGUAAGAAGAUGAAAACCCAGUCGAGCUCUUUUGACAUCCACAAGGCCGAGUGGCUAAGGAAACACAACCCAGAGCACAUGCUUCAGGAUGACGGCUACAAGAAGCACUUGAAACACCACUGCAACAAGGUGUUGCUCAGGGUCAGAAUGCUCUACUACCUGAAACAAGAGGUGAUAGGAAGCCAGGCCCAGAAUGUGCUAGAUGGCAUCGACUCCAGUGAGAUAAAGAUCUGGGUGCCAGAGCCUGACCAUUCAGAGCUGCCUGCUCUGUGGUGGGAUGCAAUCUCUGACAAGUGUCUGCUGCUGGGUGUCUAUAAGCAUGGUUAUGAGAAGUACAACACUAUUCGUGCAGACCCUACCCUGUGCUUCCUAGACCGUGUGGGACGACCGGAUGAGAAGGCCAUCGCUGCCGAACAGAGAGGCAAUGACUUCAUGGAUGGGGAUGUGGAUGAUCCAGAAUACAAGCCUGCUCCAGCCCUGCUGAAGGACGACAUGGAGGAUGACGCCUCUUCUCCUGGAGACUUGGUUGUCACUGACAAUGCCGGAGACGCAGUCCCAGUGACCGAGGGUGAAACUGCCUACUGGCCCUCCCCCUCAGUGUUGACAGCCAGACUGAGGCGUCUGAUCACAGCCUCCCAGCGCUACACUAAGAGCCGGCAGAUCCUGCACAUCCACCAAGCUCAGUCUCAGUCCCAGCAGACCAUGAUACUGUCUGCUCCACUCUGCCCGCUGCCCCCCACACUCAACGAUACCCUCAACCCUAAGAUGGCUGCUAAGAUUGAACGCCAACAAAGGUGGACCAGGCGAGAAGAGGCCGACUUCUAUCGUGUUGUCUCCACUUUCGGUGUUGUUUUUGAUCCAACUCUUGCGCAGUUCGACUGGACCAAGUUCAGGGCAAUGGCUCGGCUGCACAAGAAGACUGAUGAGAGUCUGCAGAAAUACCUGUGCUCUUUCACCGCCAUGUGCCGGCGGGUGUGUCGACUUCCACCCAAGGAGGGAGACUGUGCAGUGGACCCUUCUCUGACCAUCCAGCCCAUCACAGAGGAGCGAGCGUCGCGAACCCUGUACAGGGUAGAGUUGCUUCGGCAGGUGCGGGAACAAGUCCUUCGACAUCCGUUGCUCUAUGAGCGCCUGCCGCUGUGCCAGAUGAGCUCUGACCUACCUGUCUGGUGGGAGGCUGGCACUCAUGACCGCGACCUGCUAAUUGGUGCUGCGAAGCACGGCGUCAGCCGCACUGAUUACCACAUUCUGAGAGACCCUGAGCUCAGCUUUAUGGCUGCUCAAAGCAACUACAGCCAAACAAAAGCUGCACAGCAGCAGUCGCGUACGUCCACUCCACUCCUACACCCUCAGUACCAGGCUGCCAGCUCGAUGUUGACAGGCUCUCCUCUGCCCCCACCCACCCAGAGAGACACAGAUCCCUGUGGGAUUGUGCCCAAAGUGGAACCGACCUCAGAAGGGGAGGAGGGCAAGGAGAGGCAGGGAGAGAGCUGGAGUCCCCCUCAGGCCCCAGCUACUCCCACAGGUGUGGAAGAGAAGCCUGUUUCAGUGACGAGAGACAGUGAGAGGCAGAUGGUGGCAGCACGAACCAAACCCCUCACACCUAACUCCACAGAGAGGAAACCUAAGAAGGCCAGCAAGAGGGGCCGCAGGGAGGCCAGGCAUGGCUCAGAGUCCGACUCAGAUGGCUCAUCAUCAAGCUCUUCAUCACGCUCCUCUUCCUCUUCAUCAUCAUCCUCUUCUUCCUCAUCACAUUCCGGGUCCAGCUCCUCCUCCUCUUCAUCAUCUUGCUCCUCAGGCUCUUCAACGUCGUCGUCCUCCUCCUCCUCUUCUUCUGAUGACAGUGACAGUGAAGGAGAGGAAGGGAAGAAGAAAGUGCCUGCAGCAACCAGUGUAAAGGGCUUUGAUGAGGACAGUGUGGCAUCUCUGAGCACAACGCAGGAUGAGACACAAGACACCCAUGUAGCUGAGAAUGGCAUCACCAACAACUCCUCUCAUCCUUUCCAGGGAGGAGGAUACAUGCUUGCUGCAUCCUACUGGCCAAAGGAUCGCGUGAUUAUCAACCGCCUGGAUAGCAUCUGCCAGGCAGUGCUUAAGGGCAAGUGGCCCGGAACACGUCGGGUGUACGAACCCGGAGGUGCAGUGGCCUCCUUCUACACCACCAAGCUUUUGGACAACGCCAACAGCCUGUGCGAGGACCCCUCUGCCUCACCACAGGGGUCAAAGGUGACCAAGCAUGUUGCAGAAAACAAGGAGUUCUCAGUAAAACUCAACGAUCAGGAGGGAGGUCUGAAGCUGACCUUCCAGAAGCAGGGUCCACCUCUGAAGAGGCCCCUGGAGUCUGAGGACGGCCCCCAGGCCCAGCAGCAAUACCUGGCCCGGCUUCAUGAGCUGCAAAGUGCGUCAGACACAGGCCUGGCUGACAUCACCAAGCCUCAGAGCAGCUUCCAGACGGCUCCUCCAGGUCUGACUGGCCAGAUGAGGCUGAAUGGAGUACUGGACGGCCAGCCAGUGGUUAAGAGGCGGAGAGGAAGGAGGAAGAAUGUGGAGGGGGUGGACCUCCUCUUCAUGAACAGGAGUCAAGUCCCUGCUGUUCCCGAUCAGGUGCCUCCAGGGUGGGGGGGUAUUGGCCAGGUGGGCAUGGCUGUGCCUGGCUACAGCCAGAGCUCCAGUCAGGUCCCCGGAGACACUGACACCAGAGUCCCUGUUAUCAACCUCAAAGAUGGCACCCGGCUUGCUGGGGAUGAUGCUCCCAGGAGGAAAGACCUGGAACAGUGGCUAAAAGAGCACCCAGGCUUUGUGGCAGACACAGGAGCCUUCAUUUGUGGGGUAAAUAAGAUGCAAAUGCAGUUCCACUUCCAGGACGGUCGGCCCAAGCAGAAAAGGCAUCGCUGUAGGAACCCCAACAAGAUCGAUGUCAACAGCCUGACAGGAGAGGAAAGGGUCCAGAUCAUCAACAGGAGAAAUGCACGCAAGGUUGGUGGAGCCUUUGCUCCUCCUCUGAAGGAUCUGUGCAGGUUCCUUCAGGAAAACCCAGAGUAUGGAGUCCCACCUGAAUGGGCUGAUGUGGUUAAACAGUCGGGUUACCUCCCAGAGAGCAUGUUUGACAGGAUCCUGACGGGGCCCAUCGUUCCUGAGGAGGUGAGCCGGCGAGGACGUCGACCUAAGAAUCCUCUGGCCAAGGCAGCAGCAGCAGCGGCACCCAGCCAAGCAGCCUCUGCUCUGGGUCUAAACCCACUGCUGGCCAACGGCCUCCUCUCUGGAAUGGACCUCACCAGUCUGCAGGCCUUCCAGCAAAACCUCCAGAGUUUACAGUCCCUGCAGCUCACCGCAGGCCUGAUGGGGCUGCCGUCCGACGCUAGCAACCUGGCCGCAAGUAACCUAGCUGCCAUGUUUCCCAUGAUGCUGUCUGGCAUGGCUGGAUUGCCAAACCUGCUCGGCAUGAGCAGCUUGCUCGGGAAGUCUGCUCAGGAAGGUGCAGGAGGCUCGGAAGAGAAAACAAAGGGAAUCACCAGCGGUGGAACCGGAGAGCCGUCUGCCUCUAAAGCCCCCUCUCACACCUCAGACACCAAAGGAGAAAGGACAGAGGGCUCGAACACGACUCCUUCCUCCACUUCCAGCUCUGCUUCCUCUGCCACCGCCACACAAAGUGCUUCAGCUGCCUCUGCAGCCUCCAGUCACCCACUUUCUCUUAACCCCUUGUUACUCUCCAGUAUGCUUUACCCAGGGAUGCUUCUCACUCCAGGCCUUAACCUUCCUGUGUCCGCCACACAGCUGCAGAGCUCAAACAGUGACCCCACCUUUCCAGCUGCUCCGCCUUCAGCCUCCCAGUCAUCGGCACAGGAGACGGAUCGGCCACAGGCAGAGAAGGAUGGAGAGGAGGAGGACGAGGCAUUAGAAGAGGCUCUGGAUGAAGAAGAGGAGGAGGAAUCCACAGAACAAAAAGACAACAGUGGUCCUGAAGGUUCAGGGAAAGCAGAGUCAUCUUCAUCAGAAUCUGGGAGUUCUUCCUCAUCCUCAGACGAUUCAGACUCAAGUGAUGAGGACUGAUCCUACGAAUAUAUAAUUAUAAAUUUAUUUAUGUAUCACCUAGAAAUGUAAACAUAUAUUCGCAUAUAUAUGGAUUUUCCAGCACUUACGUUGCGAUUUCUUUACUUGUAAAUACAAGAACUAACUACGAUGUUGUGUAAUAAAGACUACAAAAAUCUACAAAAAAAACAAAAAAAAAGGAAAAACUGAUCUAAAAGGAACUGAAGUAAAAUGUCAAUGUUUGUUCACAAGGUACAGUCUUGUUUUGAGACAUUUUGCAUGUCAGACUUUAGUAGAUUUCUGAACUCUGUGAAAUUGUACCACGCGAUUAUGUACAAUUGCAACAAAAAAGGCAUUAUUGUAAUUAUGUCAGGAUUAAUUUUAUUAAAAAAGUGAAACUACAUCAACAUGCUCGUUGAGCUGUACUAUUAAUAUAUUUUGAUUGUCGGGGGUGUGGGGAUCGACACUUUGGUUUCUCUUGUAAAUAUUCAGUACUUUUACAGGUGGGUUGACACUUAUGCUUUGCAGAUCAUACGUUGGAUAUGUCAGCAAUAACUUGGGCAGCUAAUGAAUGUCACUGAAGCUGUAGAUUCUCUCUCUCUGCCAUGUUCCACCCCAGUGCACAACUCACACAGCCUCACCAACCUGUCACCUACCUUCAUAUCACCUUAGAGGUUUUUGUUUCAUUUGUUCUUGUUCGGUUUGGAAAAAGAAUCAUGGGAAGCUCCCUCUUGAGUAGUAUUAUUGAGUAUUUUUCCAAUCAUACACAAACUAAAAUUCUUGAAAGUGGAUUGUGAUUUAUUUCUCUACUGUUGAAUCUUUUUUUUUUUUUUUUUAAGUUUUAGGAGCUCUUCAUUUUCACCUUCACCUUACAAACAUGCCACAACAUGUUCAAGGUGCACUUUAGCUACCCACAUUAGGCAUGCUCAUUCACUUGCACAUCUCGAUUCCCACUAAAAAGCUCCUUGAGCAGGGGUGACACAAAACAACCUUUUACUGUGUGCCAAAAGAAAAAAAAAACACAACUGCCCUUUGACUUUUUGGGGUCCUGACAGAGUUGUGGGGUCUCUGGUAGUGGAAGGAUUCUUGAUGAUGGGUAUUAUUACUACAGCCCCGGCGUAUUUGACUGCAUCUUACCUCAACUUUGCUAAACUGAUUGGCUUCACUGUGCAAAUGUACAUGUGCAUGGGUGCGUUAUUCUGCUGUCCACGUACAUGAUGCCCUCGUCUCUGCUGGAAUGUGUCUCGGUGGCCUUUUUGUUUAGUUGUUUUUUUGUUUUUUACUGAGAGCUUCCACUGUGUUUUGCUCGGCUGGGCUGCUCCUCACACCUGGUAUCUACUGCUUCCAUAACUUUCCAGUCUGAAUGUUAUGUCUUGGCGGGAGGGGGAGGGAGGGGGUUCUUGCUUCAAAUGUGUCUCAUUAGAAAUUUGGACAGACUUUAAAGUCCUGUGAGAUUAUGUGUUGCAUGAUAACCUGUGUUCAUGCAGAACAUGUGUGGCACAAGCACAAAAUAGUUUCAAAUCCUGGUUUAAGAUUGUAGUAGCCGUCGUCGUCGUCUUUGAGGAUCACAUUUUUACGCAGUGCCGGACGGGUUUUGCUUGAGAAGGGCUCAAUUAUAGCAGCUUGCGUUGCUGGGGGUGUGCAGCAUUUGUCUUGUUUUAUUUCACGUCGUCCUCGACUCUGUUCUGCUGACGGACAGAGCUUCAGCUAGAUGUAGAAGUGCCCUUAUCCUCACUCUCUCAUUCGACCGCUCACAUCUGUGCUCAGUGUCCAUGCUUGUGUAUUUUCUUCAGCAUCCCUGCACAUGUCCAUUUUUAAGCUGUAACCAGGAUACACACAAACACUGGGGUUCACUCGAGCCGAAGUACCUUUUUGUAAUCCUCUCCAGCACAACAGUGCUCGCUCUAGGACUGCUGUUACACAGUGGACUGUUAGAUAUACAAAUGAUUUCCGAGCUGAAGUUUCUGUUUGGCCCACUGAAUUAACCGUUUAGUUCUUAAAUAGUUGUAGCAUCGUUCUCUCGUGGGUUCAACCAUGAACACAAAGACUGAAGACACUUCUGAUUUCUAAUGUUGCUUUAAAGUGGUUUUCUUGUAUGCCUGCUCUCUAUAGACCUCGUCAUGGGUUUGCUUGCAAUGCAGUUGCAGUUUUUUUAAUUAUUAUUACUAACAGUACGGUAUUUUUCUAUGUCUUGAGCAAUGAACUUAAACAUGCCACUGUCAUUUUGUAUAUCUGCACCUCUGCUCUCUUUAAACUUGUAGUGCCCUUAUGCAAACACCCAGCCACUGCUACGUCUGCUGUAAGUGACUGAUCUAAUGAAUUUUGCUACUUUUUGUUGCCCCACAUCGAUGGGUCGAUGAAUCGAUGACUGUGCUGAGCCUCUUUAGGACACAAAUGGAAAAAAAAGUAGACAUAAGAUGGGACUUUAUUUUGCUUUCAUUUGCUUUUCUUCUAAUUAUUAUUUUUCUUUUGGUUGAACUGUGCAAGGACUCCCAAGCUACUGCUAGUGCUAAAGAAGCAGUGCUGAAUCUGGGUUAAACACAGACACAAGUAAACAAUGACCAAUAUGCAAGAGGAAUGACAAACACACUACUGCUGUACAGGGAGGUUUCCUUUCAGUUUUCAUACUUGUGAUCACUGAGACGACAAAACUAGCGUCAUGGAUUUUGUAUUUUGAUUUCAAGCUUGGUAAUAUUCUAAAUGUCACCCUGGUCAGUUUGUGUCUUUUUUUUCUCUCUUUCUUUUUCAUUGAACAGUUGUAAUAUUUGCAAGUUGUGCUCUGUGUAGUCAAUAAUUCUUCAUGUAGUGCAGGAAAACGCGUCUUAAAAGUCAUUUGUAAUUUAUUGGAUUACUUUCUAUGAAGUUCUAUAGAGGAAAUUGAGGUUUAAUUAUUUUUAUUAAACAUAUUCUUCUGACUAUCA